UGUCAUUUCCUAUAUUGUCAUUGCCAAUAAUUUUGUUGAAUAAAACCGUUUAUUCUAAAGGUUUUAUCUAUAUCAAUUUAUUCAACAAAAUAAAAUAAUGGAAAAGUUUCUGAAACCCAUUCGAUUGGAUAUUGAUCCAUCAGUUAGUUCCGCCUCCAAGGAAUGGGAGCACUGGCUCCGAACCUUUGAGAACUUCCUCUUGGCAUAUACACCGACCGAAGAAGAAGAUUUGCUUCUUUUUGCACCCAGUAAGUUGAAUUUGCUAAUCAAUCAUGUGUCUUCAAGGGUAUACUCAUAUAUCAGUGAGUGUUCAACUUAUGACGCUGCUAUCAGCGUACUAAAUACGAUUUUUAUCAAACCUAAGAAUAUUAUCUACGCCAGGCACAUGCUAGCUACUAGAAAGCAACUUAAUGAGGAAAAUAUCGAUGCAUACAUACAGGCCUUAAAACUAUUAUCUAGAGAAUGCCAGUUUCAAAGCGUGGACGCCGAAACUAAUCGAUCUGACAAUAUACGUGACGCAUUUAUUUCGGGAAUCCAGUCAAAUAAGAUAAGACAGCGAUUACUCGAGAAUCUGACGUUAACCCUCGAUGAAGCGUACAAUCAAGCAUUAUCCUUAGAGAUGGCAGAGAUUAAUUCCCAACAAUACAACGUUAUUGGCUUAAACGCUGUUCAACAACUUGGAGGAGGAGUAUCACAGCCUGAAGAUCAGUGCGAGGAACAUACCGUCGCAGCUUCGCCCUCUUACAAGAGCUCUUACAAAAAUAAACGAAAAUGUUUCUUUUGCGGAAGUGGACGCAUUCAUCCCCGAAAGGAGUGUCCUGCUGUCAACCAAUCCUGUCAACUUUGUGAUAAGAAGGGACAUUUCGCGAUAGUGUGCCGCAGUAAUAAGCCAAAUAAUGCUGCAGUUUUGGAACGAGGAGAAAAUACUUCAGCAUGUAUAGGUAUUGUAGCAGCUUCUCCCAGCUCUUUAAAGAAAGCAACUGUAAUAGCAUAUAUUCAAGGAGUCCGAGCUGAAGCACUGAUUGAUACAGGUAGUAGUUUGAGUUUCAUAGAUGAAUCGUAUUUUAAUUUGUUACGACUUAAAAAGAAACCUAGUAACCAAUGUAUUUCAAUGGCUUCAACCUCUCUAACAUCACAAGUUGCAGGAGAAACCUGGGUAUCUGCUAAAGUCGGCCAGUACGAUUAUCAAAAUUUACAUUUACUGAUAGUGAAGGAUUUGUGCGCUGAUUUAAUUAUAGGUCACGAUAUUCUUAAAAAGCAUUCUUCUCUUGAAUUAAAUUUUGGUGGAACGAAAGAACCUAUCAAAGUGUGUGGAGUUGCGGCAGCUUCUGUACCUGCGGUACCCUUAUUUUCAAAUAUUUCUUCUGAUUGCAAACCUAUUGCUAUAAAGUCUCGAAGGUAUAGCGAAGAUGACAAGAAAUUUAUAAAAGAAGAAAUACGAAAACUGUUGAUGGAAGGGAUCAUCGAAGAAAGCACCUCUCCCUGGAGAGCUCAAGUUUUAAU